AUGGAGCCAGAAGUUGAGGCAGAUGACUCGAGCUCAUCUAAAGACGUGGAAGCAUUGCUCGACCAACAGGUCCGGAAGAUCAUAGAUCAGCUCAACAAGCGAGACAUCGCCACACCCUUCAACGAACAUGCAAGCCACGAUUUCCAGUACGAAAUAACUUGGCCAGAUGGGCGCAUUGUCCCACUGGACCUUAAAGAGACCAUCGAUCUCAUGGAACACUACACUGUUGAGUAUAACCAAAAAUCAGUGGGGGAAAUUAUCAGCAGCGACGUGGCGGUUGAUGCCAAGAAUGGCACGGCUGAAGUCUGGGUGACGCUGUUGGUUCAUAAUGACAAUGAAGGGCAAGAACGAGAGCGGAUCGCUAUUUACACGUGGUGGCGAGCUGGUGCGAAGGAUCAAAGGAGUGAUGCUGGGCCUGACGAGUGGGUGUGGUGCAAGGCGCACUCUUCGGCGAGUCGUGGGCCUUCGAUGCCGCAUAUUACAUGA